CAAACGCCCUCAAGCAACGCAGCUAACUAAGCUCUAACUGGAAGUGAUUCCACGCGUUCUCUGUGUGUAACACCGAAAAUCUAAAAACCACCCUAAAACCAACAACGAUGGCCUCGUUCAAAGCUACCCUUCUCUUCGCCUUCGUCGCCCUGUUCGCGGUCGUGUCGGCCAUCCCUGCCCCGCAACAGCCGGCAGCAGCCCGGCAGGCGAUCGAACCCCGCCCGGUAGCUGCGGCUGAAGCCGCGGACGAACUUGAAGCCGGUGCGGACGAUAAGGACCUAAAGGGUGCAUCCUCGUUCGGCUAUGGCUACUACGGUGGAUACCCGGGAUACUACGGCUACGGAUACCCUGGCUACUCCUACUCUUAUGGAUGGGGUCGCUACCCAUACUACCGCUACGGAGGACUGUACGGAGGCUACUGGUACUAAAGACCGACUACUGGUACCCUGCCAUCACGACCCCUUCACGAUAAGAAACCCACGCAUUGAUCUGUCUCACCGGAACCCUGCCCUGCAAUUCACGUUGCUCCCCAUGUCUCCAUCGCACCGCACCGGUGUGUUUUUCAGACCCGGAUACCAGCUUCUGCUGGGCGGUGUUAGCUUCCUCUUCCAUCACAAACUUGACUCAACCCUUAUUUAAGCAAUAGCGUACUGUUUGCAUGUUUUUGUAUCUUUCUUUCCUUAUUGUAACGAUAUACACGCCGUCUCUUCUGGUUUUCUCGCGCGGGCACGACGCGAACAUUCGCCUGUUUCGGUGCUGAUUUUGUUCAAACGUUUGCUUUAAUGUAUUUAUACGAAAUCAAUACCCUUUAAAAACGCUGCCGUUGGAUGAAACCAACCGACGAAACAACCAAAUCAAGAAACGAAGAAACCUUUUGUAUAUAAUGGUUUUCCUGUUGUUUUUUUCUAAUAAAAAAGAGCAUAAACAGUA